AUGGGCUGCCGUUGCAAUUUCUCCUCCACAGGCAGUACAAAAUCCACGAUCGGAACCGCGCGAGUUAACAACGGCGAGCAGUGUGGAAAGAAAAUCCAAUCCAAACGGUUCGGACUAAGUCCUAGUGGAAGUGCCGCCGACGAGAAGAAAUUUAACGGUUUACUUGACAAGAACUUUCACUCACUAUGGCCAUCAAAAGCAUAGCUGUGUUGCUCCUGGCAUCACUGACAAUCGCUGCGGCCGACGAUACCAACAAGAUUGACGUCGACAGCCUUCGGCAGCAUCUGCCCGCAAAUCUACAAAACUUGUCGGUGCCAACCCUGGAUGAAAUCGAAAAUGCCGUCAAGGACAAGUGCAUUAAGGCUGGCGGAACAGAUGAAUCCUAUGAACAAGCCAAACAGGGCGCUCAGGACCUGUUCAACUGCGUCCAAGGUCUGGUCGAUAUCGAUCAGUUCAAGAAAGAGGUAGAAGAAGCCAAACCCACCGGUGACUUGGACACGGUUUUCAACAAGUACUGCCGUAAGCGGAAUACCCUGCUGGAGUGUAUGAACACCUUUUCGAAUGCCAUCGAUCCGUGUCUGGAGGAGGACGAGAAGCGCCACAAGGGACACGGAAUGGACGUGUUCAAAAAUUUGUUGAACUUUGUGUGCCAUAAGGACGGUGAUCAGAUCGCCCUGUUCAUUGCCGAGAAGGGACCCGAAUGUUUCCUGGAGCAGAAAGAUGAUCUGAUCAAGUGCAUAAACAACACAUUCUCCGGAUACCUGAAGGACGUGGAUACCUCCAGCCACGUUUUCCCCAAACUGGUCAUCGGACCAAAGCAAUGCGAAGAUUUCACCCGCCUGCAAGACUGCUUAGUGCAAGAGUUGGAACAAUGUGAAGAGUCCACUCCCGCCAAUUUGGUGGAAUCGCUGUUCCGAUUUGUCCGAAAGGGUUCGCCAUGCGAUCCAAAGAACAAACAAGGAUAGACUGAUUAAACUAUCGACGAUUGCCAACCACUGCAAGAAGGAAAACUACUUGAAAGGUUUGUUCCGGUAACUGAAAUUUUCAAAUCUGGUAAUCACUGUACAAUAAAUGUCAACUUUCACAA